AUGUCCAUCGAACCUUUUAUUGGAACUAAAAUUUCACUCAUUUCAAAAGUAGGGAUCAGAUAUGAAGGCUCUCUGCAUAGUUUAAAUACGGAUGAUUCCACAAUAGUAUUGAAGGAUGUUCGCUCUAUGGGAACAGAAGGAAGAUCAACAACUACAGAAGUACCACCAUCAACCAAAGUCCACGAUUUUGUUGUUUUUAGAGGUGAGGAUGUAACUGAUAUACUUGUUAAUGAAACACAAAUAUCAAAUGAUGAUAACAAAUUUGAUGAUCCAGCAAUUUUUAAAACAUACAAAGAAGAUGAAUUCCUUGUACAUGGAUCAAAACCCAGAUUUGAAACAAAAAAAGAAAACAAAUCGUUUCUAAAAGAAGUUGGUAUCGCAAUGAAUUCCGAAGAUAAAUACAAAAAUAACGAAACAUAUAAAUCAUUAGUGAAUGACAUGAACGAUGUGCCAAAUGAUUUUGAUAAGGAGUUGGAAACGUUUCAAUUCGAUACCCUGGAAGAUCUAGACCCGUCCUUAUUUCCAAUUAAUAAACCAACAAAAACAAAUAAGUCAAAUGAUGAAAAUCUAAGACAAGAUUCAUCAUGUAAUAAAGAAAAGGAGAAUUCAAAAACUGAAUUUAAAGUGUUUUAUGAUAAAAAAUCAUUCUACGAUAAUCUGUCACACGAAAAAAAACUUUCAAAGAGUGACCUAAAGGAGGAACAUAUGAAACAAAGAGAAAUCGACAUAGCAACAUUUGGGAGAAUGAGCAUUAGAAAUUGGCAUAGUAGAAACCAUUCAUUCAGAGGAAGAAAACAUAAUAAUUCAAAUCAAUUUAAUGUUAAGGCAGGUUGGGAAAGAAGAGAUCCAACACAUAAUAGAAAUAGUGAAAAUUUAUAA